AUGGAUUCUGGCACAAUUCCAUACAUUAAGACAGCCGUAACAGGUGUCUUGGUCCUCCUACUUAUCUAUUGCUACUAUAUGACCAACAAGUGGAGAGCUGCCAAGAGCAAAAGGGCACCUGAACCAGCAGGUGGAUGGCCUCUAUUGGGCCACCAUCAACUCUUAGCUAGUUCUCAGCUUCUCCACAAAACAUUAGGAGACACAGCUAACAGGUAUGGUCCAAUCUUUACCGUAAGGCUUGGGGUGAAUCCAACUUUGGUAGUUAGCAGUUGGGAAUUGGCCAAGGAAUUGUUCACCAUCAAUGACCAGGCUGUGACCUCUCGGCCACCGAUAACAGCUGCAAAAUACUUGAGCUACAACUUCGCUAUGUUUGCUUUUGCUCCACAAGGUUCAUACUGGCGUGAAACACGCAAAAUAGCCACUUCAGAAUUACUAUCAAAUCGCAGGCUUAAUCAACUGAAGGGUGUCAGGAUUCAUGAAGUGGAAACAUCUUUAAAAGAGCUAUACACGCAUUGGGAUGAAAAAAGAAUGGCUCAGGCGAAGUUGACGGUUGCAGGGAAGAGGUAUUAUGGUAGUGCUGUUGGUGAUAAUGAUAAAAUAAAAGCACAGCAAUGGCAGAAGGCUGUGAGGAAAUUUUUCAGGUAUUUAGGGAUUUUUGUAGUGAGGGACGCUCUACCUUUUCUUGGGUGGCUUGAUAUAGGUGGGCAUGAGAAAGCCAUGAAGAGAACUGCAAAAGAAAUGGACAGUAUUCUAGAGGAAUGGUUGGAAGAGCAUAAGCGAAAACGGCUUUUAGGCGAGGCUGAUCAAGCAGAGCAAGAUUUCAUGGACGUUAUGCUUUCGGUCCUUCAAGGCGCUGAUCUUGCAGGUUAUGAUGCCGAUACAGUAAACAAAGCCACAUCCUUAGUAAGUUUAAUUCCCUCAUCUGUUUUUGAGAUUACUGAAUGA